GAUGCGCGUGACGCGACAGCGCCCGCCCACCGCGUCAGCCCGCGCGUGCGCGAAAGCGCAUUCCGGAUUCUGGCCGCCUUCAAUGGGCAGCGGCUUCGGGUCGUGGUGAAAACCCUUGUUGCUGCUCUGCCACCUCUUCCCCACCCGCCCCGUCACUCCCGUGUCCGUGCCGCGGGGGCUACAGGCGAGCUGUCUCCGUCACUUCCCAGACCAGGGCUCCCAUGCUGCUGCUCCUGCUCCUAUUACUCCAGGCCGCCUGAGAGGCAAAGCCCGCCCCGGCGUUUGAUGAGCCGCCGCCCGGCAGCCAGGCACCCGGGCCGCGGGCUUAGCGGCAUGUUCGCGGCGGUGGAGCAAGGCCCGGUGGUGUGCAGCGACUCCAACAUCCUCUGCCUGUCGUGGAAAGGCCGGGUGCCCAAGAGUGAGAAGGAAAAGCCGGUGUGCCGCCGGCGCUGCUACGAGGAAGGCUGGCUGGCCACCGGCAACGGCAGGGGGGUGGUCGGCGUGACUUUCACCGCCAGCCGCUGCAGGAGGGAGCGCGGCAACCCGCAAAGGAUCAACUUCAACCUGCGAGGCCACAACAGCGAGGUGGUGCUUGUGCGCUGGAAUGAGCCAUUUCAGAAACUUGCAACAUGUGAUGCCGAUGGAGGAAUUUUUGUGUGGAUUCAGUAUGAAGGCAGGUGGUCAGUUGAGCUGGUCAAUGACCGUGGAGCACAGGUGAGUGACUUUACCUGGAGUCACGAUGGUACUCAGGCACUCAUUUCGUACCGGGAUGGCUUUGUUCUGGUCGGAUCUGUCAGUGGACAACGUCACUGGUCGUCUGAGAUUAAUUUGGACAGCCAGAUUACUUGUGGAAUAUGGACACCUGAUGACCAACAGGUGCUAUUUGGUACAGCUGAUGGGCAAGUGAUAGUGAUGGACUGCCAUGGACGUAUGCUAGCUCAUGUAUUACUCCAUGAAUCUCAAGGUAUUGUGGGAAUGUCCUGGAAUUACCCCAGCUUCCUGGUGGAGGACAGUAGUGAGAGUGACACUGAUUCUGAUGACUACUCACCACCGCAAGAUGGUCCAGCAAUAUAUCCCUUACCAAUUCAAAACAGCAAGCCGCUACUGACUGUUAGCUUCACGUCUGGGGAUAUCAGCAUGAUGAACAACUAUGAUGAUUUGUCACCCACUGUAAUCCGCUCUGAUAUGAAAGAUGUAGUCGUACAGUGGAGUACCCAGGGGGAUCUGCUCGCUGUCGCAGGCAUAGAAAGGCAGAGUCAAUCUUACGAAUCGGGAAACGUUCCAGUAGUGAAAAACGCUGCUGUUAAAUUCUUUAAUAACCAUGGAGAACAUAUUUACACACUGGAAAGUCCCACCCAGCGUCCUAUUACAGCCAUCUGUUGGGGUCACCGUGACUCCCGUUUGUUCUUGUCUUCUGGACCUGCCCUGUACGUUGUUCGUGUGGAACACAGGAUUGCCAAUUUACAACUGUUAUGUCAGCAGGCUAUUGUCGUCGCACUUCGUGAUGAGAAAGACUUCAGUAAAUUAACACUUCCACCUCGUCUUUGCUCGUACCUCACUGCUGCCUUUGUAUCAACAAUUAAGCCCCCCAUACCAGACCCAAAUAAUAUGCGGGAUUUUGUCAGCUACCCGACAUCAGGAAAUGAAAGACUGCACUGCACUAUGAAGCGUACAGAAGAUGACCCAGAAGUAGGAGGUCCAUGCUACACCCUGUACCUGGAAUACUUGGGUGGUCUAGUGCCAAUUUUGAAAGGAAGGAGAAUAAGCAAACUUCGACCAGAAUUUGUCAUAAUGGACCCUAAAACUGAUGGUAAAUCAGAUGAAACCUUUGGCAACAACUUGAUUUCAAACAUGAUUGACAGCUGUAAUUGUUCUGACUCCAGUGAUAUAGAACUAAGUGAUGACUGGGUUGGGAAGAAAUCUCCAAAGAUAUCUCGUGCAAGCAAAUCCCCCAAAUUACCCAGAAUUAAUCUUGAUGCUAGAAAGUCACCUAAACUUUCUCGGGCUAGCCAGGAGAUAUCAAAGUCUCCGCGAUUACCAAUUAGGAAACCUUCUAUUGGUUCCCCAAGCUUAACUCGUAAAGAAUUUCCUUUAGAAGAUAUCAUGCAGCACAACUAUCUUGCUCAGGUCACAUCUAAUAUUUGGGGGACAAAGUUCAAGAUUGUAGGAUUGGCUUCAUUUUUACCAAGUAAUCUUGGUGCAGUAAUCUAUAAAACCAGCCUGCUGCAUCUUCAGCCCAGACAAAUGACCAUCUACCUGCCAGAGGUACGCAAGCUGUCAAUGGACUUGAUGAACAUGUCCAUGUUCAAUCCCAGUGUCUUCAGUGAGGAUGAGGAUGAUCUUGCGGUGAAUGGAACAUCUGGAGCUUCUGAAAACAACCCUCAGUGCACUGUUAAUAUUCCCAUUGCACCCAUCCAUAGUUCUGCACAAGCAAUGUCCCCCACUCAGAGCAUUGGUCUUGUCCAGUCGUUACUAGCCAAUCAGAACGUGCAACUUGAUGUUUUGACCAAUCAAACUGCUGUUGCUGGAGCAGUGGAGCACACAUUGGACAGCUCCAGCCAGUAUGCGAUUCCUAAUAGGUAUUCCAAUCCAGGGCAGGCUAUCUUUGGUAAUCUGGAAGCAGGCCGUAUGAAUGGUGGAUCCCAGCAGCCAUCACAGCAGAUCUCGGGGAUGUUGCAGAUUCCUCCUGUGGAACAUGUUGACAGGGCGCCCGAGCACGUUCAAAAAAUCAAACCCUUACGCACAGUCCCACAAUUGGUGGAAAGUGACACGGUGGUAUUCUGCACAACUCCUGAAAUUCAGUUGACUAAAAUAAAUACCCAUCCGCCUCCUCCAUAUCCGGGUACCACCACAGCGACUGUAGCCACUCCUGCUACUGUUCCGUCAGUAGAUAUCUGUCUGAAAAAAGCAGAUUUUUCCCUCUUUCCCACUGGACAUCUGCAAACCCCGCUGGGCUACGAGAGAAUCACAACCUUUGACAGCAGCGGCAAUGUGGAAGAAGUGUGCAGGCCUCGCACGCGUAUAAUGAGCAACCAAAACAUGUAUACUCUUCCCGGCCCAGGGCAGUCAUUGCUUCGCCUGCCCGCAGCUGAUGCAAAGAAGAUACAACAGGUAUAUGGGACACUAAAUAGGCUAAAUGUUGCUCACUGUGUCAUUCCAAGCGGGGAUCCACCGCCUUAUCCCGAUGCAACUAUUAGGAGGCACCGUAUUAACAGCAACACACUACAAAUGCCAUUGCGAAGAAACAGCAAAGAUGCCGCAGUAAAGGUGUCCCAGCUUCUCGAAUCCCAAAGAGUUGUUCAACAUGGUCAUAAAGCAAAAAACAACUCUAUUUCUGCACAGUACCAACAAAACACUCUCCGAUCUCCUCCUGCGCUCUAUACCUGCAGUCAGUGCAUCAACAACGGCGGUAACAUUGUCAGGCAGGAGAUCCCGACUGGAGCUGGCUCUCAGCACAGCACUGUAAUUGUGCACUCAUCUAGUACGUCACCUCUCUCUUCUCAGUCAUCUUACAAUCUGCUGAGUCCCCCAGACAGCUGCCAUGAUAGAACUGAAUACAUUAAUAACGCCUUCACUGAGGACGAGUCCAUUUUGCAGCCUUGCCAAAUUGACAAAUCCAUUCAUCACAUUACAUUGAAUAAUGCGAUCGCAAUGAGCAUGAAGCGGCCACCUCCAUAUCAAUGGGACCCAUCGGGGAGUGAGGAGAUUUGGAUCCCACAGGAUAGACCAACUCAGGUUUCAACAACAGGGAGUCAUAAACUACCACCUCUCAUCCUGGAGCCAUCACACAUGGAGAUGUCCCACGUAUCAUUCGUUCCUAUUAAAUCUCCUACCAGUCCAACAGUCACUUUUCAACCAAAUUAUGGACUGACUUUACCAUAUCCAAUAAGUUACACGGCAUCUCCUAUUGCAGCCUUUCAGGAAUCAUUUCCUCCCCCUCCCCCCGAAGCUAUUGGGCCACCACCAUACCCACAACAAGACCCUUCAGUAGUUGUCCAGUCUGGUUAUCCAGCUAAUAUCACCUGUUGUCCAUUGCCACCAAUGUAUCCAUCCAGUAACACUUUUUCUAGUUUACAACUCACCCAGAUUGCAUUGCAUCAGUGGAAUGCCUACAGUGCAUGUUCUCCAAUGCACAGCUCGCAAGGGACUUUGAACUCAAAGCCACACUUGCUUAUUGAGAAAUCUGGAAUGCCUCCAUUUCCAGCAGAGCUUCAGAAUCAUACAGGCACUGAAGUGAUUGUGGAAACAGCAGACAAUUUCCAAGAAGUUCUCUCUUUGACAGAAUCUCCCGUGCCCCAACGGACUGAUAAAUGCAACAAGAAAAGCCGUAAACGGCUGGACAGUCGGCCAGAGGAAACCAACAUGCAAGCGGUAACUGAAGGAAAGGUGAAAAAAGAGGCUAAGGCACUUACAGACUUCAAUUCUCUUAUUUCUAGCCCAAGACUAGGAAGAGAAAAGAAAAAAAUCAAAAGCCAAAAAGAUCAGCUAAAAUCCAAGAAGCUGAAUAAAAUGAGCGAGUUUCAAGACAGUUCAGAAAGUGAGCCCGAGUUAUUCAUUAGUGGAGAUGAGCUAAUGAAUCAGAGCCAGAGCACCAAAAAGGUUUGGAAAACUAAGAGAAACCUAAGGACAGCAAAUGAAACAGAUGAGCUGAAAUGUCGAAGAGCAAAUGAUAAAGAGGAUGGGAAGCUGGGCAAUCAAGGGUUUGUAUAUGUAAUGGCUAACAAGCAGCCACUUUGGAAUGAGGCCACGCAAGUUUACCAGUUGGACUUUGGCGGAAGAGUGACACAAGAAUCAGCAAAGAACUUCCAAAUUGAACUUGAUGGACGACAGGUGAUGCAGUUUGGAAGGAUUGAUGGAAAUGCGUAUAUUCUGGAUUUUCAAUAUCCAUUUUCAGCAGUGCAGGCUUUUGCUGUUGCAUUAGCAAAUGUUACACAACGACUGAAAUGAAUGGGAGACACCACACUGCUUUCUGGAUCUGAGGAGCAAAAGAUGCCAGGAAUGCACCUUGAAUGCACUGUGACUGAAAUGGUCUGGGUAGCUGUGCACUUCACUCUGGAGCAUCGCAGUUCACCUGUUUAGUCUUGAAGUAAGAGGAAGAGCAUGCUUCUCGGAUGCAUGCUUGGAUGAUUGCAGUUCAGAGAACUUGCUGCUUUGUAGACCUUUGCAGCAGAUUACAUGCUGCACCUUGCUUAUCCGAAUAACCCAGUAGAAUAAGUUUAUCUGUUGACUAGACUGCCUUAUAAUAUGGUGUUUUUUUUUUUUUUGCAUUAAAGAAAUUUGCUUUCUCUGCAAUUUUUUAAUAAGACUAGUAAUACUUGAAUAGUAAGGAUUCUUGGCACCAGACUGAGAAGGUAUGGUAUUAGUAGGUAGCUGGUGUUGUGUCAAUACUUUUAACCACUGGAAACUGCAAUUUAGGGAGCUUAUGAAUUAAAACUGUAAGACAGACAUUAAAACAAUGUUUUGAGGCAGUUUGUUUUAAUAUUCAUUGCUUUGAAAUUACUAUUUUGUGUUUUUGUUAAGCUAUUUUAAUGGUAACUAUCAAAAUCUAAUUAUUGAGUUGAACAUAUUGAUACUUUGUCAGCAACUUUUAAACUUUUCAAUUUUUUUAUUUCUAGUGACAAUGAGUUGCACAUGUAUCCUUAACAGCGGAUUACUUUCCCCAUGUCAAGCCACCCACCGUUUUGGGGUAGAUCGGUAAAGUAGGGGACCGAACGCACCUAAACUUGUAUGGUACUUUUACAGAAUGCUGGACUGUAGUAAACUUUUCUAUAAAUAUUUUGGUUGUGUAGCUUGUUUUGUGAGGUUUGGUUUAGACAGUGAUGCAGGUGUGGGGGUGAGGUGAGUUAUUGUUACAAGCUGUAGUAAUUGUUGUCUUAAGGUUAGGAAACCUCUAGAAGAUGGUUAAAGUUUAAUGCAAUGUAAAUUCAUGAGUACUUUAAACUUAGUUUUGGAAUAUAACGGUAAGCCAACAUGAUGAGUUCAGAUUCCAACACGCAUGUUGGAGAAUACCAAGGUUUCUAAAAGCUGGGAAUCAAGGAUUUUGUUAGGACUUAUUCAACUUCACUUUUCCCCACCCAUAAUUGUAUUUUUAUGUAGUGUCAACUGUUCCUUGGUUUAUAUAGACCUUUAUAGCACAAUAACAGGCUAUUCAACCCAAGUUACUGCCAGAGUAUAUGCUCGACAUAAGCUAUUACCCUUCUUUCUCACUAGCCCCUGAUAGAGUUUGUCCAACUUCUCCUGAAAAGGAUCACCGUUGAACCAUUCCAUGCGUUGAUGAGUUCUAACCUACCACCAUUUUCAGAGCAAAAAUGUUUCCCCAGAGUUCCUUUAUAGUUUCCCCUGUGUCUCUGGGCCCCAUUCUCUCUGUCCUCUGUUUUUAAAGACAUUUGUCACGUUUGUUAUCACCUUUACUAUUAAAGCAAAAAUACUGCUUUAUCCUUUUGUAACACAAAUUAUGCAUGGCGGUCUAACCAAGGUUCUGCAACAGCUAUGUACAACUACUCUGCUCUUGAAUUUGGUUCCACCCAAAUGAAGCCCUGUGCUGUGCUUGCACUUUUUAGUUACUUUUAAUAAUUUGUAAACCUGCACCCAGACUAUGCGGAUUCUUUAAAGCUAUGAAAAUGAUACGCCACAUUUAACUACAUUAGAAUCAAUUUUCCAUUACGUGUCUUGUCAGCAACACUAUUGUCACCAGUCUUUCCCCAUGUUAGUAGCUCCUGACGUGAUAUUGUAUACAAAUUUUGAUUUUGUCCUUCCAAUUCGUAAAUCUAGACUGUUUAUAUAAACGGUGAUUAAUGAUGGUCCUAAGAAUGAUCCCUGUGGAACAUCAAUUCCCACUUUUCAGCAACUUGAGUUACUUACUUGACCUCUGAUUUUGUAGGUAGUUCUACUUAAUUAACUUAAGCAAGUGUAAACUAAUUUACUUGUCACAUGAGGAGAACUCUCCAUUUAUCACUUGUCCGGUUACAAAUAUCUUCCCCAUUCUUCUUUCUCCCCCCCACCUCCCCACCGUAAUGAUUUGUAUAAUUGUCUAUUAGCUCGAAAAAUUAUUGUGAAACCUAUUGUGAAGCUUUGGGUUGGUUUGUCGUUUGAACUCCAACACGCUACUGAAGUUUUAAGUGUAGGAACACUCAUAGUUGUGCUAAGCUUAUAUAUUCUUUCCACCAAAAAAAAUUUGUUUGGGGGUGAGAGGUUGUACACUUUGCACAUUGUUGCAGAAAGAAUUUGUAUUCGGCAACCCAGGAGAAACUAAUGUGUUAAUAAUCCUGAUAAACUUCAGUAUUUUUGUUUCUCUAUGCAUUUGUUUCUUUAUUUUGAACAGGCACUAUCUUGACACUAAGAGGAGAAAAAUAAAAUAUCAGCAUUCACCAUUAUCACAUUAUUAAUGUUAAUACAUCGACAAAACACAAUUUUUGGCUAUUGUUUUGCACAAGCAAGAAGUAUUUCAUGAGUAGGAAGGUACUACAGAUGCAGUUUAAUACCAAAAAUAGACACAAAAUGCUGGAGUAACUGCAGCACCUGAAGAAGAGUUCCAUCCUGAAAUAUCACCUAUUCCUUUUCUUCAGAGAUGGUGCCUGUCCGGCUGAGUUACUUCAGCAUUUUGUGUCUUUCUUAAGUAUUUCAUGAAGUUCUAUCUUUGAAUUGUAAUUAAUUAACUUCAGUAGGUGCAACCUAAUUAACAAAUUACAUGAGGACCAAAAACCCUCCAUUUAUUUAAACUUUGAUUAAAUUGUAGGUCUGAGCAUGAACUUUCUACCUGACAAUGAUGGAGCUACACAAAAUCACUGUUUUUUAGCUGUGAAGAUAAGAUUGCACUUGGUCAUUUUGAUUUGAAUACAAUUCAUUGCUGUCCCUCAGUUAAAAUCUCAAAGCAAGUCGACCACAAGGAGCAUUCUGGCUUUGUGAAAAUAAAAAAAGGCAUUUGCUGGAAAUCUGAGGGGAAAGCCGACUGCGGUCAGAUAGGAUCUGUGCAGAGAGAAAAAAUGUUAAUGUUUCCGAUCAACAAGCUUUUGCUCUGGUGUUCAAUGUGUUCUGCUUGAAAGCGACAGAAAAUAGGAGCAAUAACCAUAACUAUUCCACCAACAGUGCAUAUUGCAAAAAGUAGUGAACAGCGGUGUGACUUGAAGCAGCAAUAAGAGGUGAUGCUUCAACUUGCUCCUCGGAGGUAUUGUAACUCAAUGCUGAGAGGUGUGAAAGCUCAGUUGCUGACUACAUUCAAGACAGACAGACCAAUGUUUUUUUGGUACCAAGGGUUGUGGGUUUAGUGCAGGGAAGUGAACCUGAGGUAAAAGAACAGCCAUGAUAGCACAGUAAGCAGGAGUAAGGGCUGAAUGGCCUACUGAUGCUGUUUCUUGUGUCCUCGAGAUUACGAUUUGAGAACAUGUGUAUCUGUGCUAUACAGUAAAGAAAACAUUUAUAUUGAUUAGUGUCACCACUAUGUUCAUGUUGAACUUUUUUUAAUAUAAGGAUUUUCUCAACAUUAAAAUAGCUCAGUCUGACUGCAAGAUGCCAGGGUGAAAAUGACUGGAAUAUGGAGGGUGAAGUAUUGCUUUACAUUUGUACAAAUGUAUCGCUUUACAUUUAAAGACAAGCUAAUCUUCCUUUAGUACUCGGUGUUGUCUGAUACACAAGGUCAUUAUAAUGGUGUUUCCUGCCAGAAAAUAGUUUUCUGGUGGAAAUGUCUCCUUGACCUAACUUUAUAAUUGUCACUUAUUGUAAAGUUAUGCAGGUCUUCAGCAUUUAGCAAAAAUGGAAGUAUAUAUAUUUUUAACAACCUUUUAGUAUCAGAUAUCAGGAUUCCAGGAACAUAAACUUGCUAUUUGUAGUUUAAUGUGGCAAUGUUGCUUUUUCUGGACGUAAACAUCCACAUUCAGCUUACACCAAAAAAAAUCAUGAGCAUUAAGAUAUGCACCAGCUUGUUGUAAGUCUUCACUGGCAUACCUGCUUCAUUUACUGUGUUUCUGUAUCUAGAAAUAUUCCUAAACAGGAAAUAUAGAAUAUAAAUACUAUAUAUCAAUAAGAUUUUACGUUGUUUCAUUUAAUUCAGUCUUUUACCCAAGAAAAUGUAUAAACUUCAUUGAUUCCAGGAAAUAGCUUUUUAUUAGUUUAUAACUUAGUCUUCAAAACAGCCCAAAAUUUAGAAUAGUGGUGGCAUAACCAAAAUUUAAUUUAAGCGAUUUUGAAUAAGCUUUGGGUGGGAGGGGAGUUGGGGUGGCUACUGUGCAGAAACAUAUGUGCUGUAAAUGAAACCUGGGUUAAAUAAGUCAGUGACAGUCUUAAAAUGCUGUCGAGUAGCUUUUUCAGCUAGAUUUUUUAAUUUAAGUUAUGGGAAAUUUUGUUACCUUAAACUUAAAAGGUGCAAUGAAAAUAAAAUAUGUUACAUUUGACGCACAUCACUCACCUUUCAUCCAGAACAUCUGUAAAACUCAACCUGAUGAUUUGGAAAAAUUUCCAAGUAUUUAUAUAGAGUUCUACGCAAACCUGCAACCAGUGGUUUAAAGUUCAGUGAAAUCAUCAUCAAAGUCCACACAGUUUUGUAUGUGAAACCAUAACUAGAGCAGUGAAAUUUUAAUAUGAUUAUUUAAAUAAAAAAUAGAAGCAUCUUCAGAUACAGAAAAAGUGAGUGUUUUAUAAGCUAAGUAAUCGUGGGCUUACUCAAUGGGUGACUGUGGCUUGAAUUGAUUGUUCUUUUUAAAAUUUGUUGUUAUUUCAGGGCUAGCACAAAGGUUUUGAAUUAUGCACUAAAAUGAAUAUCAGGACAGUGCUGCUGGAACUUUUAUAUCUACUCUACAGUCUGUGCACAUUUUCACACUAAGUCUCAAGUUUUUGGACAAUACAAUGAUUUGGAGAUCAUGGGUCAAGUAAUGCAUUUUUCCCAUGUUUUAAACAAAGUUCCACCUCCAUCUUCAAGGUAAAUAACAUGCUCCUCGUGCUCAUGGACACAGGAUGCAAUGACUGUGUUAGGACAGUAAUGUAAAGGCCUGGCUGCAAAAAGCUAUUCAAACAAGUGGGGAAUAAAACAGAAAUUGCUUUCAGGUGAUACAUGAAGAUUAUAAAGUUUGUGUUUUUCAUUAGGUAUAACAGCUAACAUACCCUCUAGUGCUCCACUAUUAUCGAAACACCUUUUUUCAUCAAUAUGUACAUGGCUAUUUAACCUCUUCGUUGUGACAAGAAAUGUCUCGGCUCCAGUUAUUCUGGAUUUUAAAGCUAUCAAAUUCAACUUAACUUUUUAAACAUGGGUAUAAGUAAAAAAAGAUUUUCAGACGUAACACGGCAACUUCAAAACAUAUUUUGGGUAAGACCAAAAUAAGUUAAUUUAGUCGUAUGGCAAAAAAAUGUUGUUUGAUGGUUUUAAAUAUGUUGAUUGAGCCUAAUGAAAUGUUGGUUCUACAUUGCAUUGAUGGGUUUUUUUUUUCCUUUUACUUAGGUGUGCAAUAUCUUUAAGCUACUUUAUUUUCUCAUGUAUAUACACAAUGCAUAACAUUGUUAUAAAUAGGAACUUUAGUUUGCUUUGAUGGUUUAUGGGAUUUUUUACAUUAUUGGUGGAUUUUAUAAACAGUUUCUGUAUUUAAUUAUUUAUAAAGAAUGUUUAUGUAACUAAUGUUGGUUAGAAAACUUGGGGUAUUCUUUAAAUUUGUUAUUGUUGAUGCUUUGUUUAAUAUUAGCAUUAAGGGUUAUGUGCUGCAAAGGUAUAGAAUGCAUUUGCAUUCCUGGGGAAGAUAUUACUGGUAAUGUUAGAAUUGCACAGAUUGGCUGUAAUAUUUGUGUGGGUCUAUUUGCUUCCUUGUGUCUUUUCAGUUUGUCUACCCUGUCCUCACUUUAUUGUCCAGCCUUCCGACAGAGCAGUUUAUUGCAGAAUGAUGCCCUUUCACCUUUGCAACAAAUCAGUUUCUUUGAGAAUCUAUUUAUGACCAUUAGAUAUUGAUUGAGAAAGCAUUUGGGACUUGGCUUUCACAGUGCACAGUUUGUGUAGCUUGUCAUAAAUUUAACUGUAUAUAAAAACUGUGCAGGAAAUUAAAAUCACAAACCAGAAUCGCCAAGUACUACACCUUAAACGUUUUACUUCAAUUAAUGUAUUCACAUAUCAUUUCCUGUUAUGCAAUUGCACCUGUGGACAUAGAGGUUGAUUCAAAAAGUGAAAGCUUGGCCCCUGCAGUACAUUACACCUGACUCAAUGGGGUUGUCUGAAAUCUAACCUGCACAGACCUGCUCCUGCUGUGGGCCUCCUUUGUACUAGUUUUAUAAGGUACUGCAUUAGCAGAUACAAUAAACUGCCCUCGUGUUUUCUUUAUUAUAUAAAAAAAUAAUAAUUCUGUAAGUAUUGAAAUGUCUGAUUGUGGCUUACGAAUUAAAAUUUGCAGACUGGGGUGUAAUUGUUUUCAAUGCUGAUUUUGUAAAAAAAAACCUAGUUGUAUUUCAUAAAUCUUCUUUGUGCGCACGUUACAUUUUUGUUAUCUUCUCUUAAGGCCCUCUGUAAGGAUCCAACAGAUGAAUAAAUGGUGUGUUUCUAACAGA